AUGGUAUCAUGUUUCUCUCCAGAUCAAUCCUCCCUACCUCACUCCCUCCUUCGCUGCCUCCCUUUCUCCUCUCCUCCCGUCCCCCUUCUCACAAACUCGGGCACAAGCACACCGCACGAAUCGGCGCCCGACAUGCCAAUAGCCUGUCAUGUGGGGCUCGACGGUGUGCCCUGCAAACGAGACAGCCAGGACAGCUCACCAACGCCCUCGGCUACUGGCGCACGAGUCGAUGUGGAUGUCAGAUGCGAGUGGCAGAUGAACGUGCAUCAUGACAGUGAACAGGCCUCCGCCUAA